AUGAAUGUUUUAUCCUGGAAUUGCCAUGGGCUUGGGAACCCAUGGGCUAUACAAUUCAUUAAGGAUUUAAUUGUCCAAAAGAAACCCAAUCUAGUUUUUCUAUGUGAGACUUUGUCAAAGAAGGAAACAAUAGAAAAGCUGCGAGUUGCAAUUAAUUUUGAGGGUGCUUUUUCUGUCGAUGCUCAAGGUAAGAGUGGUGGAGUAGCGUUGUUAUGGAGAGUUGAAGGGGAUGUUAAUUUGCUGGGAUUUGGUCAGAAUUAUAUUGAUGCAUCGAUUUUGGGUGGGAAUAAAGGUUAUUGGCGGCUUACUGGACUCUAUGGGGAGCCGAAUAGGAGUUUGAGAGGAAACACUUGGACUCUCAUGAAGACACUUAAAGAUCGUUCAACUCUUCCCUGGUGCAUUGUUGGGGAUAUAAAUAAUGUAACCUCUCAGACUGAUAAAAGGGGAGGCAAUCCGUAUCCCAACUGGUUAAUGGAAGGUUUUUGUGAGACUUUGGAUGCUUGUGGCUUGAUUGACUUGGAAUUAACUGGCUAUCCGUUCACGUGGGAGAAGGGCAGGGGUACUAAUGCGUGGAUUGAAGUCAGAAUUGAUCGUGCUGUGGUGUCCCAAAACUGGUUAGAUAUGUUCCCCAUUGCCAAACUGCUCAAUCUAGAGGUAUCUACAUCAGACCAUUGUCCUCUGUUGCUGUUGAUAGGUAAUGCUAUAAAAAUUGCUGCUAACCGAUGCUUUAAGUUUGAAAACUCUUGGCUCCGUGAGCCAAUGUGUUUACAAAUUGUCAAAGAAACAUGGGAAGGUGGAGUUGACUAG